AUGAGCUUCCAGCACGAGAAUGGCGCCCUCGGCUCCAAAGAGGUCAAUGAGGUCCACAAGCCGGGCUCUUUCUCUGACCAUGCACGCGGACGACAAUUCAGCGUGGAUCCUGAGGAUCGUGCCAUGGUUGCGGCCGACCAGAAUGCACUGAAACGCAACCUGAAAGGCAGACACAUGCAGAUGAUUGCAAUUGGUGGUGCGAUUGGUGCUGGUCUGUUCAUUGGUUCUGGCGGUGCUUUCCAGACCGGCGGACCUGCUUCUGUACUCCUCGGUUUCAUGAUCAUUGGUGACUACCUCAUGAUGCAGGCUCUUGCGGAAAUGUCGGUCAUGUAUCCGGUCAAUGGCGCCUUUACCAUGUACAUCUGUCGAUUCGUCGAUCCCUCGUGGGGCUUUGCUUGCGCUUGGGAAUACGCCAUUAGUUGGCUGACAGUCCUACCAUUCGAAAUAUCGGCGGCUUGCAAUAUCAUCCACUACUGGCCAGGUUCCGAGGGUAUCAACAACAGCGCUUGGAUUGUACCAUUGCUGGUCGCUUUGAUUUGCAUUCAGUAUUUCGGUGUUCGAGGCUACGGUGAGGUUGAGUUCGUCAUCAGUAUGAUCAAGGUCAUCGCCUGCACAGGCUUCAUCAUUCUGGGUAUUAUCAUCAAUUGCGGUGGUGUUCCGACAGAUGACAGAGGCUACAUUGGCGCAAGAUACUGGCAUUCUCCCUACUCUGCCUUCCUGAACGGCUUCCACGGCUUCUGUGGUGUCUUCGUCACCGCAGCAUUCGCCUAUACUGGCACCGAAUUGACCGGACUGGCUGCUGCCGAGAGUGCCAACCCAAGAAAGGAGAUUCCAAGAGCCUCGAAACAGGUCGUCUGGCGAAUCCUCAUCUUCUACAUCGUCAAUCUUUUCCUUGUGGGCCUGAUUGUUCCGGAGAAUAGUGUACUGUAUACCGCUGAAGGCUCGACGUCGCGGCACUCGCCCUUUGUCAUUGCAAUUCAACUUGCUGGUAUCAAGGUCCUCCCAUCGAUCUUCAAUGCAGUCAUCCUGAUUGCUGUCAUGAGCGUUGCAAAUUCCUGCACUUUUGGCUCGACCCGAACAAUCCAGGCUCUCGCUGCCAAUGGAAUGGCCCCGAAGGUCCUUGCCUACAUCGACAAGAAAGGCCGCCCACUACCCGUGACCAUUCUCCAGCUUCUCUUCGGCUGCUUGGCGUUUAUCAAUCUUGCAGAUAACGGCGGCACGAUCUUCAACUGGCUCCUAGCAUUGUCAGGUCUCUCUAUCAUCUUCAUCUACGGCAGUAUCGCACUGGCUCACAUUCGCUUCCGCGCGGCAUGGGCACAUAAUGGUCGCUCCAAGGAUGAACUUCCCUUCCGAGCUGCCUUCGGUGUCUGGGGCUCGUACGUCUGCUUGCUGAUCAGCAUCCUUGCCCUGAUCGCCCAGUUCUACGUCGCACUCUACCCCGUUGGCGGUCCCAACCUGGAUGCAAAUACCUUCUUCCAGCUUUACCUCGCCGGACCUCUGAUCAUCUUCCUCUACUUCUGCUGGAAGAUCUACAGCUGGUUUUUCCGGCCCGCCGACCGUCCAUUCUUCAUUCGCUUGAAGGAUAUCGAUAUCUACACUGGCAUGAGAGAGGGUCAAAACCUGAUUAGCGGCGUCGACGUUACGGAUGAGCAAAGACGCACCAGCAUCACUGAGCUGCAAAAUGAGAAGAGUAAGGGAGGUGCCCUGGGCUAUCUCAAAGCUGGUAUCAGGAACAUCAUUUGA